AUGUCACAGAACGCGACAUUGAUGUCCGACGACGCGACGGAAGACACUACCGAAAUCAUGAGCAACGGCUGCACACCAGUAUACUUCUUCUCUCAUGGGUCGACCAUGAUGCUUGGCGAGGAGUCCGAGUCGGCCGACUACUGGAAGAAGGCCGGCGAUGAGGCCCUCGCCCACAAAAUCAAGGGCGUCAUCAUGAUGCAUCGAGGUCGCCACGCACCCCGACCCCGCCAAGUCCCCGUCGCCUACGUGCACCCCUCCAAGUACGUGGACUACAAGCUCAACCCAGACCUUAAGACGGCCGAGAGGUGCAUCUCCAUGCUCCGCGACGCCGGCUUCGACGCCGCCGGCAACCCGACCUUUGACUGGAUCCACGACACAUUCCUCGUCCUCAUCCGCAUGUUCCCCAACGGAUGCCCCCACCACCCUCAUCUCCAUGAACAACCGCUUCGACCCCCACUACCACAUGAAGGAGCGGCCCCCGAUUUCUGGGCCCUCGAGUUCCGCCAGGCCGUCGAAGACGUCGUGCGCAACAACAGUGGGCCCGCCCUCCGCCGUGCCAUGACGCGCCUCAUGAAGCACCCCAUGUAUCGGGAUGCCCACGCUACCGACGACCAUUUCAUGGCCGCCAUGUUCGUGGCUGGCCUCGCUGGUGAUGAGGAGGAUGAGGGCGUUCACGGCGAGCUGAGGGCUGAGACGUGGGAGUUGACGAAUAUGUGUAAUAGCCAGUUUAGCUUUGGCGCGUGGCCGCGAACUUUGGCGACGGCAGGCUGA